UUUUUUAAAAUAUAAAAUCGUAUAUAAUUCAACUGACAUGCAUUUAUAAGGAACAAAAAUCUUAGAAAAACAAAAAAAAAUGGAAAUUGUAGAAUUUUCUCCAAGAAAACCAAAAUUUUCGACGUUUUUCAACAAUAAUCAAGUUUCAAGAAGAUAUGUGCAACCACCUCGCAUGCAAUCUUUUGCACCACGACAAAAUUAUUCACCACCGAAAAAUAUUUUAGAUACACAAACAACUUAUCAUCUUUCCUAUUUAAAUGAAAAUCAAAAUCAACUCCCUCGGUCUAAACCUUUUUAUCCAUCAAAAAAUUUGUAUAUUUCUCCAGGAACAAUAUCCGAUGACACUACUAGUAAAAUGAGUUACAAACCUAAUUGGACUUUCGUCAAAACAAAACCAAUAAAACCAAUAGUUAGACAAAUUGUAAAUGGAAAUCCUGUGGAAUAUGUGACAACAGCGAAACAUGAUUUCAUUGAGAAAAUUAGUCAAAAACCGGAAAUUAUCAUUCCAAGUGGAAGUAUACGAAUUAGUAAUGGAUCUUUGGAUGGUUCUACAACUACCAAAUUAUCUUAUUUAAAUCCCGGAAUUAUGCAACCAGUUGCAAGUUGUAAACCACAAAAUACUUAUUAUCCAAAUGUCGAGUCAAUUUCAAAGGAUACAACUCAAAAAUUGAGUUUUCAACCCUAUUGUUUGCCAAAGAAGGAAAUUUACCCUUGGAGCCAAAAAGCGAUUUACAGACCUCCUCAAACAUCAAUGGAAGGUCAAACUACAUAUGGCAAAAGUUUCCCGGAAGUUGAUCUUUCAAUGAAAGAAAAACCCAUUAUUCCAAGGGCAACAAAUUUGUUUCCAUCUGGUGGUGAAUUUGUCGAGAAAACAAUCUAUCGAGAAACUUUUCAGCCACGCAAUUCGCAGACAGUUACACCAAUAAUUCCCUGCAGUAAUAUUUCCCUCUCUAAUAAACAAAUGUCCAGUGAAACAACAAGCAAGCUAAGUUAUCAACCGGUUCGCGGAGAAAAGCGCAUACCAAUUUUUCCACGUCACGGAAAUAUGAUAGAAAAUGGUUCAAUGCAAUUUGAAACAACUACCAGUUAUGAUUUUAAACCGAAAAAUUUAACAAAAAUAGAUGUCACAAUUCCUUGCAAUAAUAUUCAAAUCGCCGAUAAGCCAUUUGAAGGAAUAACAACAACGUCAUUAUCUUACGUGAAUCCGGGUCAGAUAAUUCCUGUAUCUAGUUUCAAACCCGCCGCCAAGUAUAAUAGAGCCGACGCUAAAGUGGAAGGUGACACGGUGAAUAAAUUAUCGUAUCAAUCUUGGGAUAUUCAACCGAGGGAGAAUUUUCCAUGGUCACGUCAACGUAAUUAUGAACCACCAAAAAAAUCUAUGAUUGGUGAUUCAAUAUAUCAUAUGAGUUAUCCUGUUCCUGGAUAUUACAUCGAAGAUUCUGAAAAAAAUUCUAACCGUAAAAAUCAGGAAAAUAGCAGAAAGGAAAUUUUCGCUAAUUAA